AUGUAUAGAAAGUUGUUAUUUAAAAGGGCUUUAUAUGCAGCCAACGGGUGCAGAGGAUUAGUCUAUUGUGCACUGCAAAGGGGUAACAUUAGUAAGUCGGUAAUACUACUGCCCAUCUCAUUCUAUUCCAACUCUGCUUCAGUGCCAUUUACAGCAGACACAUAUUCAUCCAAAGUACAGCGUGACCCUAAAUAUAAAACUUUAGAACCGUCCGAUAUUGAGUUUUUCAAAACAAUCUUACCUGAAACCAGCUUGGUUACUAAUCAAGACGAUUUAGAUUUUUAUAAUGAAGAUUGGAUGAGGAAAUAUAAAGGUCAAUCAAAAUUGGUACUUAAACCAAAGACAAGCCAGCAGAUCAGCAAGAUCUUGAAAUACUGCAAUGAAAAGAAAUUGGCUGUUGUUCCACAGGGCGGUAACACUGGAUUAGUUGGCGGAUCGACUCCUAUAUUUGAUGAGAUAAUCAUUUCGUUAUCCUCGAUGAAUAACAUUAGAGAGUUUGAUCCAACUAGUGGGAUUUUGAAAGUUGAUGCAGGUGUUAUAUUGGAAACAGCAGAUCAAUUCUUGGCUGAACAAGGCUAUAUUUUCCCCUUGGAUCUUGGAGCUAAAGGAUCUUGUCAGAUUGGCGGUAACGUUGCAUGUAAUGCUGGUGGUUUACGGUUAUUGAAGUAUGGAUCCUUACAUGGAUCGGUCUUGGGUUUGGAAGCUGUGUUACCCGACGGCACAGUAUUUGACUCGAUGCAUUCUUUGCGUAAGGAUAACACGGGGUACGAUUUAAAGCAAUUAUUCAUCGGAUCAGAAGGAACAUUGGGGAUCAUCACUGGGGUUUCUGUAUUAUGUCCUUCUAGACCACAAGCUUCAAAUGUAGCCUUUUUGGCGGUAAAGGACUAUGAGACGGUGAUUAAAGUGUUUAACGAAUGUAAAAAGGAGUUGAGCGAAAUAUUAUCGGCAUUCGAAUUUAUGGAUUUGAAGUCACAGCAAUUAACCCAGCAGUAUUUGAAAGCUGAUCAACAACCAAUUCAAAGUGGAGAAUAUCCAUUUUAUGUUCUUAUUGAAACAUCGGGAUCGAAUAAAGAACACGAUGAUGAGAAAUUGGAGACUUUUUUGGGAAACGCCAUGGAGAAUGGGUUGGUUGAAGAUGGUAUUAUUGCUCAAGAUGAAUCGCAAAUACAAAGUUUGUGGGCCUGGAGAGAAAGUAUACCUGAAGCCAGUACCAUGAAUGGAGGAGUUUACAAAUACGAUGUGUCUAUCCCAUUGAAGGAUUUGUACGGUUUAGUAGAGGCGGCUAAUGCAAGGUUGGCCGAGGCCAAUUUAGUUGAUUUUGAUAAUAAAGAUAAGCCAGUUGUUUCGGCUAUUGGGUAUGGACAUAUCGGGGAUGGUAAUUUGCAUUUGAAUGUAUGUGUGCGAGAAUAUUCAAAGAAAAUUGAACAAGUGUUGGAGCCAUUUGUUUACCAGUGGAUUUCCGAUAAAAAAGGGUCAAUUUCAGCUGAACAUGGUUUAGGAUUUCAAAAGAAGAAUUAUAUUGGGUAUUCCAAGAAUGAGCAGGAGAUUAAAUUGAUUAAGGAGAUAAAGAAUCAUUUUGAUCCAAAUGGAAUAAUGAACCCAUACAAAUAUGUAUAA